UCCACGCCCCGCCUCUGCCAUCACCCCGAGCCCUGGCUUCCCCGCCGUCCCCUCCUCUUGCUCUGCGGUUGUCUGUGCUCCAGCCUCCUGCCCACCUCUCCCUCCCGCCCCGGCAGGUCGGGACCCUGGGAGAUGCGGUGCCAGCCGAGCAGCUGCAGGGUGAGCGCCAGCGCCAGCGGGAGGGGGAGGGCGCGGCGGGCGGCGGCGGCGGUCUGGGCAGCAGCCUGUCGCUGGCCGUUCCCCCAGGCCCCCUCAGUUUUGAGGCGCUGCUGGCUCAGGUCGGGGCGUUGGGCGGAGGCCAGCAGCUGCAGCUCGGCCUCUGCUGCCUGCCAGUGCUCUUCGUGGCGCUGGGGAUGGCCUCGGAUCCCAUCUUCACGCUGGCGCCCCCGCUGCAUUGCCACUACGGUGGCUUUCCCCCCAACGCCACUGGCUGGGAGCAGCCCCCCAACGCCAGCGGUGUCGGUGUCGCCGGCGCGGGGUUAGCAGCCAGCGUCGCCAGCCGCGUCGCCACUAGUACAGACCCUGCCUGUAGCGGCUUCGCGCCACCCGACUUCAACCACUGCCUCAAAGACUGGGAUUAUAACGGCUUGCCGGUGCUCACCACCAACGCCAUUGGGCAGUGGGAUCUGGUGUGCGACCUGGGCUGGCAGGUGAUCCUGGAGCAGAUCCUCUUCAUCCUGGGCUUUGCUUCCGGCUACCUGUUCCUGGGUUACCCAGCAGACAGGUUUGGCCGCCGUGGAAUUGUGCUGCUGACUCUGGGACUGGUGGGUCCCUGUGGAGUGGGUGGGGCUGCCGCAGGCUCCUCCACAGGGGUCAUGGCACUCCGUUUCCUCUUGGGCUUCCUGCUGGCUGGUGUUGACCUUGGCGUAUACCUGAUGCGCCUGGAGCUGUGCGACCCGACUCAGAGGCUUCGGGUGGCUCUGGCAGGGGAGUUGGUGGGGGUGGGAGGGCACUUCCUGUUCCUGGGCCUGGCCCUUGUCUCUAAGGACUGGCGGUUUCUGCAGCGAAUGAUCACGGCUCCCUGCAUCCUCUUCCUGUUCUAUGGCUGGCCGGGUUUGUUUCUGGAGUCCGCACGGUGGCUGAUAGUGAAACGGCAGAUUGAGGAGGCUCAGUCGGUGCUGAGGAUCCUGGCCGAGCGGAACCGGCCUCACGGGCAGAUGCUGGGGGAGGAGGCCCAAGAAGCCCUGCAAGACCUGGAAAACACCUGUCCUCUCCCUGCAACGUCCUCCUUCUCCCUCGCUUCCCUCCUCAACUACCGCAACAUCUGGAAAAAUCUGCUGAUCCUGGGCUUCACCAACUUCAUUGCGCAUGCCAUUCGCCACUGCUACCAGCCAGUGGGAGGCGGAGGGAGCCCAUCGGACUUCUACCUGGGCUCCCUGCUGGCCAGUGGCACAGCAGCCCUGGCCUGUGUCUUCCUGGGAGUCACCGUGGACCGGUUUGGCCGCCGGGGCAUUCUGCUUCUCGCCAUGACCCUGACUGGCAUCGCAUCCUUGGUGCUGCUGGGCUUGUGGGACUGUAAGCACCUCCUUUUUCCUCUCACAAACAGGGGGAGACCCCCAGGGAACCCCGACAGAGAUCUCAAUGAGGCCGCCGUUACCACCUUCUCUGUGCUGGGGCUGUUCUCCUCCCAAGCAGCCGCCAUCCUCAGCAUUCUCCUGACUGCCGAAGUUGUCCCCACCACUGUGCGGGGUCGUGGCCUGGGUCUGAUCUUGGCUCUGGGAGCGCUCGGGGGGCUGAGCGGGCCAGCCCAGCGCCUGCACAUGGGCCACGGGGCCUUCCUGCAGCAUGUGGUGCUGGCCGCCUGCGCCCUGCUCUGCAUCCUUAGCAUCAUGCUGCUGCCAGAGACGAAGCGCAAGCUGCUGCCCGAGGUGCUGCGGGACGGGGAGCUGUGCCGCAGGCCCUCCCUGCUGCGGCAGCCGCCUCCUAACCGCUGUGACCACGUCCCACUGCUUGCCACUCCCAACCCUGCUCUCUGAGCAACCUCCUUGCGCCCUGGUGAUAGGCUGACUCCUACGGGAAAGAAGCCUGGGGCCCUACCCACCUCUUGGCAAGAUCAGGAUGACUGAACAAGGCAGGGCCAAACCGCCUCUCACCAGUGGUGGAGGGAGAGCUCAAAUGUGCUGUCCCCACUCAGUGUCCUCCCUGCUGCUUUGUGUUCAUUUCUGGGGCAAGGGUCAGGGGUCGGGGAGAGAGAUCCAUGCUGUCACCGCCAGGUCUGGGCUCCAUCCUCCCCAGACCACAUUCUUUCUUGCUCUAUCAUUCUCUUUCAAUAAAGACAUUUUGAAUAAACAAGCAUAUCAUA